AAGCUCUUAAACUGGACCUCGAUUUUCUGUUACAUUACUGUGCGUUACGAAACGCUCUGUGUAAACGGGAUUUUGACUCUUGAACGUAAAAUAAGAUCGCAACAACUCCCUCUCUCUCUCUACUUUCGCCUCCGUGCGCCGCCGUCAUGGACGACCCGCCGUUACAAAAAAUAGCGAUCUCCGGUCCAACACUAGCCUCUCUAAUCCACCGUUUCUCCACUUCCCCUUCCUCAAUCGAUGGCCUCCUCUUCGGCCACGUCACCUCCGUAACCCCACUCAACCUCUCUGACGACUCAUCCGACGACAAUUCCCCAACCCUCCUCGCCACCAUUACCGGUUUCCUCACCUCCUCUUCUUUCCACGACACCUCCGGCUCAAUCAACACCGCCUCACUCCGUCGUCUAAUCCCUAACUCCACUUCCCUCAUCGGUUGGUUCUCCGGUCGCCGCCGUACUCCCCUCCGUCCCUCACUCCGCGAAUUUAACACCACUUCCUCUCUCUCAUCUCUCUCCCAAUUCUCUUCCACAAUUAAACCCUCUUCAAACUCCUUCAAUUUCAAAAAUUUCAACCCUUGUUUGUUCCUUCUUCUCGCUUCACCCAUUUCAGAUCAAACCUCUCACAUUCACACUCACGAUUACCGAGCUUACCAGUUCAUAAGUGGGACCCAUUCAUUCAAACCGGUUUCACUCGAUAUUAUCAACAUCGGUCCCGCUUUUCGCGGACAUUAUGGAUCAUUCAGCCCUAAUUCCCCAUUUCCUGUCCUGGAUUGCCAACUCGGUCACUCUCCGAUGAUCCGUGACGACGAGGACGAGCCUUUGAGUAAGAUGAAGCAGGCUGCUAAAGAUCAGAAAGAGUUGGAUGGUUGUGCUGAAGAGUUUGAGGUUGGGAGGUUGAGUAGGUUGAUGGGUUCUGAGGCUAAGAGUUAUACUCAGGGUUUGGAGGAUAUGUACCUUAGAAUGCUUCUCAAGAUUGAGAAUUUGACUAGCUUGGUUGAGAAGAGUUCAGCUAAGGUUCUUGAGCAGGAAAAUCAUAAUAGGAAAUUGAAACACAAAAUUUUGAGAUCUUCUGCCUCAGAAUAACUAUCUUAAUGGUGGAGAUCACUUCUGUUUUUUCAGAUCAGAAAAGAUAUGCCUUUUUGGAAUCACUUGAAACUUGAGUUUGCCUUUUUGGACUUCUGGAUUAGCCUGUGAUAUAUGUAGCCCAGCUAUUGUGGAUGUUGUAUUUUACUUUUUGGUGACUCUUCACAACCUGAAGAAGGUAGUGAUUGUGCAGGGGGGUUGAACAAUUCAGUCCUUUCUCAAUACAUGAAAGAUCUCGAUGUUUUUCUCUCAAAACUGGCAUUUGCUUCUUGUGUAAUGAUAUGUGAACUGUAUUAUGUAACCCUUUCAUCUUUUAAGAUAGUAAUGAAAUCAGUUCUGCAAGAAAUUUUAGCAAUA